CCCUGAUCUACGCAGAUUUUGAGGCUUAUAUAUAUUUCUGACACUUCUCCACAUAGAUUCUUAUCUGAAGCUCACUAGUUCAUAUGUAUCUUGAUUCCUUUUAUAAAAAAUUCUUAUCCACUUGAAAUCUUUGAGGGAUUUUUAAAUUACCCAUUUGAGUUUCAGUCAUACCCAUCUUGAAUUCUUUGAUUUCAAUCGAGUUGGUUCAGAAGUUCAGUCACGGAAAUGGAGAGAAGAGCUCAGGUUUCUUUGCCGGAGAAGAAGGAGAAGAGAACUAUUUCCAUCGAUCCUAAAGCGCCCGAAUGCAGCCAAACUGAGCGGGUUUUCCGGUACUUCGACAUGGAUGGAGACGGGAAGAUAUCGCCGGCUGAAUUGCAGAGUUGUGUAAGGAUGUUGGGCGGUGAACUGUCGGAGGAAGAGGCAGCGACUUUGGUGAGCUCCGGCGAUGGGUUUUUAGGGUUUGAUGAGUUUGCUAAGUUGAUGGAGGCAGAUGGAGAGGAAGAAAAGGAGGAGGAUUUGAGAGAGGCUUUUUCUAUGUAUGAGGAGAAAGCAGGGUGUGGUACAAUAACUCCCAAGAGUUUAAAGAAGAUGCUGAGUCGACUCCAUGAGUCGAGGACGAUUGAGGAGUGUAAGGCCAUGAUAAGUACUUUUGAUCAAAAUGGUGAUGGAGUACUUAGCUUCGAGGAGUUCAGAGCUAUGAUGAUGAUGCAUUUCCCAGAAACCUAUAUAUACAUCAAUCCCUCCCAACCUUCUCUCCAACAUAAUCUCAAACCUGAGAGAGAUCUUAACUUACAAAUAUCUCUGUUGUCUCUACUAAUUCAAUUACCCUUUUCUUUCUCUUCUCCUCUCGUUCUAGUUCUAUCUCUGUCGUUAUCAUUCUCUUCCAAUUCAAACCCAAUUUCCCAAAAUUUCAAGCUUAUAGAGAUGAUGACGAAGGUCGAGAAGCGUUCUCUAUCUUUCAAUCCUGAUUGCAACCACCUCGAACGAUUGUUCCGGUACUUCGACGAGGAUGGUGAUGGCAAGAUAUCGGCGACGGAGCUGCAAAGUUGUGUGAGGACUGUGGGCGGCGAGCUGUCCACCGAAGAGGCAGAGGCGGUGGUGGGAUCAUCGGAUUCGGAUGGAGAUGGGCUUCUUGGUAUGGAUGAUUUUGCGAGGUUGAUGGAAGGGGAUGGAGAGGAUGGGGAUUUGAGAGAAGCAUUUGGGAUGUAUGCCAUGGAUGGGUGUGAUUUUAUUACUGCAAAAACCUUGAAGAGGAUGCUGAGACGACUCGGUGAGUCGAGGACGAUUCGUGAGUGUAAAGGCAUGAUUAGUGUUUACGACUUGAAUGGGGAUGGCGUGCUUAGCUUCGAAGAGUUUAGAGCUAUGAUGCGUUGAAUAAACAAAAAGCCAUUCGAUCCCCACCUCUUAUUCCACAUUCUCCUUGGGAGAGGGUUGAAAGGCAAUGUGACCCUUUGGUUAGUGUCAAGAUUAUUGGGAGGAUACAUAGAAGCAUCAAUAUGAGUGAAAUUUCUGCUUAUGUCAAGGCACAGGAGCACACUGCUUUUCAGGGUUUUUCCUCUUUUUAUAUGUAAAUUGAUUUUUUUUCUUCUAAUGACAUUAUUUAUUCAAUUAUUCAAUAAAUUAAUUAAAUCCCAAUUUAUUGGAUAA